UUCCAUUUUUUGACCUUUUUUGACCUUUUUUUUUGGCUUUUGGAGCAAUAGCCCCCCCCCCUUGAAAUCGACCUUUGCUACGCCUUCAAUCCCUUCAAUUAAUUUGAUAUUUCUGUCUGGUCGUUGUGUUUUAUCCAGCUGGUAUUUCAACCUUCACUCUUAUUAAUUAAAUUUUUAAACAAAUUUUUUUCAGGAGAAGGUGGAUUAAAAAUGAGUAGAAUAAUAAGUAAACAUUUAAUUGAUUAUUUUGUUCCAUUUCUUCCAUUGGAAAGAAGGCAUAUUAUUAUGUGUUUUAGAGAUUAUUUACAUUCAAAAAAUAUUGUUUAUACACAAGAACAAUUGGAAAAUUUGGCUGAUCAACUUUCGUAUUUCCCAAAAGACACCCCAAUAUUUUCAACUUCUGGAUGUAAACAAAUUGAAAGAAGAGCAGAUUUUAUGUAUGCUGAAGUUAUUAGAGAACAACAUUUUUUAGCGAGUCAAUAUAAUGAUGAAAUUUGA